UCUUCUCAACUCUUCAUGAAGCUGCCCAUUGUUUCUGUUUUCUGAGCACAGAUCUGACCUCUUUUCCCAAACAUCCUGUAGUGACGCCCCUCCUUCCCUCCCUCUGUUUUCUUCUCUUGUUCCUCUUCUGCUCUUGCACAACUUCCUUGUUUUCAUCUUGGUGGUUCACUACAGACACAUGCAGGUAUGGUGGAGGGUCCAGCAACCACAGGAGCAUCGGAGCCGAUCAGUGUGGUGACGGGCGGCAGUAAACCUGUGCACCGCUUCCUCAAAGGACAACCCAUGUGUAUCGGAACUGUGCUGGUGAUGAUGGCCGUAUGCAUGAUCAUGUUUGGAUUCGCCAUGGAUGUGCAGUCAGAUGCGAUGACCUCCGCAGACAUGUACACCCCCUUCUGGCUCGCCAUCCUGUUCUUUAUCUGUGGCGUUUUGUAUAUACUGUGUGAACACAACCCCUCCAAAAAGAUUAUCACAGCCAGCCUUGCUUUGAGCAUCAUCUCCACCCUUGGAGUGUUCUUCGGUUGUGUGGGGUUCGUCAGAGCCAUCGUUGGGAUCCAUGACACAUUUUGGAGCCAUUUUGCUGAAAAUCAAACAGUGGAGGAGAGACAACAUAUGGAACAACAUUAUAUGGCCGUCGAAAAAGUAGAGCAAGUGUUUUUCUGCCACAGCUUGAUAGGAGGGGGUCUGCUUAUAACCAUGACAUUCUUCGCUCGGGCGGCGCUCCGAUCCAGCAGAACUCAGGCUGUUGUUGUGAUGAGGAACCUGCCGUCAGCGGAGUGACCCUCCCUAACCCAGCCGUCAGCGGAGUGACCCUAACCCAGCCAUCAGCGGAGUGACCCUAACCCUGCCGUCAGCAAAGUGACCCUAACCCUGCCCCCAGUAGAGUGACCCUAACCCUGCCAUCAGCGGAGUGACCCUAACCCAGCCAUCAGCGGAGUGACCCUAACCCUGCCAUCAGUGGAGUGACCCUAACCCAGCCAUCAGCGGAGUGAUCCUGAACCCUGCCGUCAGCAAAGUGACCCUUACCCAGCCAUCAGCAGAGUGACCCUAACCCUGCCCCCAGUGGAAUGACCCUAACCCUGCCAUCAGCGGAUUGACCCUAACCCUGCCUGCAGAGGAGUGACCCUAACCCUGCUAUUAGCGAAGUGACCCUAACCCUGCCGCCAGCAUAGUGACCCUAACCCUAACCCCAGAGGAGUAACCCUAACCCUGCCGUCAGCGAAGUGACCCUAACCCUGCCCCCAGUGGAGUGACCCUAACCCUGCCAUCAGUGGAUUGACCCUAACCCUGCCCCCAGAGGAGUGACCCUAACCCUGCCGUCAGCGGAGUGACUCUAACCCUGCCAUCAGCGGAGUGACCCUAAGCCUUCCGUCCGCGGAGUGACCCUAACCCUUUCAUCAGCAGAGUGACCCUAAGCCUUUCCGUCAGCAGAGUGACCCUAACUAAGCUGCCAGUGGAGUGACCCUAACCCUUCCGUCAGCGGAGUGACCCUAAUCCUGCUGUCAGCGGAGUGACCCUAACCCUGCUGUCAGCUGAGUGACCCUGACCCUUCCGUCAACGGAGUGACCCUAACCCUGCUGUCAGCGGAGUGACCCUAACCCUGCUGUCAGCGGAGUGACCCUAACCCUGCUGUCAGCGGAGUGACCCUAACCCUUCCGUCAACGGAGUGACCCUAAUCAUGCUGUCAGCAGAGUGACCCUAACCCUGCUGUCAGCUGAGUGACCCUGACCCUUCCGUCAACGGAGUGACCCUAACCCUGCUGUCAGCGGAGUGACCCUAACCCUGCUGUCAGCGGAGUGACCCUAACCCUGCUGUCAGCGGAGUGACCCUAACCCUUCCGUCAAAGGAGUGACCCUAACCCUGCUGUCAGCGGAGUAACCCUAACCCUGCCGUCAGCGGAGUGACCCUAACCCUUCCGUCAAAGGAGUGACCCUAACCCUGCCGUCAGCGGAGCAAACCCAGAUCGUCUGAACAUUCACCAAAUGUACGCCUAGGAGGAGCCAGGAUACUUCACUGAUAAUCAACUGUGAUCUUUGAAAUUACUAGAGUAUGAGCAUUAGAAUGUAGUAUCUCUUUUUAGUGUUACUAAUACCAGUGUUUUGUACUGAGACCUACAAUAUAAAACAGCCAUCGGUGUUCUUGUUUUCCAGUACUAAUUUCUAAACAUUCUUAAAUCAAAAUACAUUUAUUCAAGAAACAAAAUGUUUUCCCUUUGAAUUAAAUUCAGUUUCUGAACACAUUGUCAGAUAGUUGGUCUUGUUUUAAGCUUAAACUCAAAUUUGAUACAUUUUUCAUAAAACAAGACUUAAUAUCUGAAGUCAUUUUGCUUAUCUUGAUAUAAAAUAAUAUACAUUUAUUUUUUGCAGUGUAAAAAAAGCAAAGCACUUUGCUAUUUUUCAAUUCACAUUAACUGAAAAACACAUUGAAUCUUGGCUAUUUACUGUGAAGACAUUUAUCACUCGCUGAACUCUUUUCACUUAUUAUGCAGCUUAGGGCAACUAAUCAUAUACAGUAUCAUCUACAUCUUUAUAUUGGCAGAUAUAAAUGACUCAAAUCAUUUACAUUUCCUAAACGUCUGACACAUAUUGCAAAUACAUAUUCCAAAUGAAAACACCAAUCUUAUACAGUGAUUAUGUAUAUUUAAAUGUAACAUUAGUCUCUGUGAUCUGAUCACAAGUGCUAAAUACAGAUAAUUAUGUUUGUCUAUAUUAGUCCAUAUUAAUUCAAUGUAAGUAUAUCGCUUUUCACAAUACAUUUAGUUUCAAAGCAGCUUUACAGAAAAUGCUCAGUGACAAUUUCAGUGUUACAAUCAGGAAGAGUUCUGUUAUCAGUCACAGAUGAGUGUGUGAUAUAGCAGUGAUACACAGAUAUUUUAUAAUACAUGUUAUGUUUGUUAAUGUCAUGUAUUCAGUUAAACAGACACAGCAAAUAAGUUGCAAUAAAAAAAUUGUACUUGUAA